UAGAUGACGCGCAUGCGCACAAAUCCAAAUAAUUGAUCGCGAUUUUGAAGCAGCGUCUUUCGGGAGUGUGGUGUUCUUACUGCAUGUGUUGCCAGUGGACUGAACACCGACUUGGAUUAAGGGUCAUCCGCUAGAUCGAUCAGGCAGGCUCCCAACAGGGUCGAAUAAAUGUGAAUUGGUCAGAAAUCCAAGAUGGCGUCGAAAAUUCUGGAGCUUGACACCGUAUUGGGACAGUAUGCCUGGCGCAAAUUGGAGAAAAGUAUCAAUUUCGUGAAACGUCUCUUUAUUGACCCCGGGGAUUACUAUGCCGUGAUUGACUGGAAGUCUCUUAACAUUGAACACAACAUUAUGAAGUUCUCACUCCGCCCCACAAACAACUGCGUGGAGACUGCGUGGGGUGAGAUCACGACCGGGUCUCGAUGGGUCUCCCUGUACGGCUGCGAGUACGAGAAUAAGUCGGAGACCAAGCAGGUGCAUUCAUUCCGCGGGAAGCGGGAGACGACGACAUGGAUUGCAGUGGAGCUUCAGAAUUGUUACACCAUCGACAGAAACGUCAACAUCGACGUAAACCUUCCGACAAAUUUCGUCAAGUUCCGUGCCGGCAGAGACAACACGAUGAACGUGAGCAAGAUGAAGGGAGAGGUGUUCAAGGAGGUCAUCCCGUGGGAGGUGAAUUCUCAGAUCGAGAUCGGACCGUCAUGGAAGGCCAGCGCCGAGCUUCUGGCACGUGAAGAAUGCCAAGUGAUAGAUUUCGAAAUCCGGACCAAGUUGUCUGUUCCUAAAGGCAAACUACCGGUGUACUUCAAGAAGAAGUCGGACGACAAAGUGGCGUACCUGGUGUUGCUGGAUGACUUCCACAACGCCUUCCUGUCCCUGGAGUCCGGGGGGAUACUGGAUGAGGAGGAAAUGUCUCUAGUGCAGGUGCUGAUGGAGACAACCCUGGAUAUGGACCGGAAGGAGAGGAGUACGACGAGCAUCCAGCUGACCACACAAGGCGCCUGCACCAGUGUGGCGUGGUCAGAUCAAAAAGUGAACAUCAAAACAGAACCGAUGCCUAACGUAAACAAUAACCACGUGUCCGGACUUUACAUCGAGAGGAAUGGACUCAAGGACUGAGAACAGCGGCAGCAGCAAUGAUUUCAUAAUAUAUUGUUGGAAAUAAGUAAGGGAAGGUAUAAAAAUAUCAAUGAAUAUGUAAAUAUGUUAAAAAACCUUCACAACAUAAAAGAUCACUAUUUAAAAUAUUCAUUUUUCAGUUCUAAAUGAUUUGAUUUUGAGCCGUUCCCUUACUUCUUUCGAUCAGUAUAUGUAUGUUUCAGAUUAAAGGCAUUACACACGAUUGAAAUAAGAUAAUCGAUAUAUUACCAAUUUUAACACCAUGGACAUACCUUUUGACCUUAAGUGGGGUAAAUUCUUCAUGAAAGGUUUAAGUAAUAUAAAAUUGUUGCCAGGGGUUGAUUUGUGGAUGCAUGGUUACAUGUCGAAAUACGUGAAAUCAAAUAAAUUCAGUUAAGAAAUAUUUAGGCCUGGGCGAAUCUCCAACCUAAGCGGUUCUGGAACAGGACGUACCAAAAGAACCUUUCUCCUCUGGUGUGGGCUCUUGUUCAAUCUCGAUCCAGACUGGUCACGCUAAUUUAACAGGCGAUUGUCCAAUUUGGCACAGGAUGCUAAUAACAAUGUGAAGCCCUGAACCAGAAAGGCCGUAGAGACUUGCAUCCUCUUUAUCGUAUGAAUCAAACCUCGUUAUGGGUGCUUACAGGUUUCAGUCACCUGACCUUAUAUAUGGUGCUUCGUCUACCAUAUGGCAUUAUCUGUAUACAUGUGCUGUGUCGCUGUUUUAGAUUGAAACUUUUUCUUCUAGAUCUGGCAAUCAGUAAAGAGGGUUUUCAACAUGCAAGCAAUGUUUUCAUCUAUAAUCAUAUUAUUUGUGUUUUUGUGUUUGCAAAGAGCUUCUUUUGAUAUAUAACAUAUUACAUCUAUAUUUGUAUUAUAUUGGUGAAUUAAGUUUGACCAUUGGUUGAUUAUUGGGAGAGUUGAAACGAAAGGCGCGAUGUGGGUUAAGUCUUGUGACAAUACAGGAUAUAGCGAUACAGAGUGUCUGACAUCAUGCACGGCGACGUGACGUAUGUGAGGAUGACAUUGUGACGUUAAGUCACGAGGAGACGUUUCGUGAUGAUGCGGGGACAUGUGACGUUACGUGACCAGUAUAUGACAUAAUGUAACGUGAAGGUGUAUUACGUAUUUUUGUGCCCAGGAGACGUUAAGUGAUACAAAGUGACGUGGCGUCAUGUACGUGGUGAGGCAAAUGACGUUAUGUGACGUGAUUGACAGAAGACGUCACGUGAUGACGUUAUAUGGCAUGGUUAAAACUGAAAAUACGACAUGGUAUGACGUGACAUGACGAGACAAGACGUGUUGAACUACGAUAACAAUGAUCUCUGUUCGAUUCUGGUCACCAGUUUUUGUUUAUGAAGAAACCUAUAACAUACCAUUUCACGUAUGUGUACCAUAUUAUUACAAAUGUAUUACCAAGUCUCAUAAUGCAUUCAUCAUUUAUACCAAUGUUAUUUUUAUGAAUAUAUAUACAUAUAUAUAUA